AUGAAACGCGUCCAGAGCAGUAUUUCAUCGUUCUUCGUUGGGCCAGCAAAUAAAAAACAAUCAAACCCAACAUCCACACUUACCUGCAGCACAAAGGAUGAACAGGAGGAGGAUGCCCAGGAUAAGUCCCGUAGAGAAGAUGACGUUGUUCACGAGUCUGGGAACAUCUCGCAGCAUGCGGUUGGUGGCUGUCUAGAGCUGGCACGAUUUGCUAAAUGGCAAGAGGGUCGAGAGUGGCUAACGGUGUCAACUGAUGGGUCAGUGAAAUGUGCAGCUUGCUCUGAAGUAAAAACUUUAGGCCCCAACACAGACGAGCGCCUUCACAUUGAUCCGGCAUUUGUGAACGGUGUUAAAACCAGCUCAGCUAAAAAGCUGAAUGAUAAAAUUAACAAGCAUGGCAAAUGCCAGUCCCACGUGAAAUGCCUUGAAAUUCUCCAAAAGAGACGUGAUGCAGCAUUUGAAACUGCCAAUAAUGUAAGCGCAAGUCUGUGGAGGAAGAAGAAUGAGGAGAGGGUACGGGCCACAGCGUACUGUAUGCGCACUGUGUACAUGAUCUGCCAGAACGACCUGUCAUUCAAAAUGCUGCCACAGGUGAUCGAACUGCAAAAACUGAAUGGGGUUGAUGUAGGGUCAAUGCUGCACUCCGACAAAGCCUGUCGGAGUAUGCUGAUGUUCAUCGCCCAGAAAAUGGCAAGCCAAUUAGUAGGGUUCAUAACAAAAUCACCUGCCAAAUUCAGCAUCCUCAUCGACGAGAGCACGACCGUCUCAAAUAAAACAUGUCUCAUAGUUUACAUUCGCAUUCCCUUUGAUGGAGAGGUUUGCAACUUCUAUCAAUUAAUCGAAUUGGAAUCAUGCACGGGUUCUGCCAUACGAGACACGUUGCUGGACACCCUGGAGAGAGAUGGCAUCACCAAGGAAAUGCUGCGCUCCCGGUUGAUUGGUUUCGCGACUGACGGGGCCGCCGCUAUGCUGGGCCGAUACAUGGGAGCUGCCACUCUCCUGCGCGAUGACAUUAACCCUGACCUUACUGUAAUUCACUGCAUGAAUCACAAAUUGGAACUUGCAGUCCAUGAUGUGGUGAAGCACACAACAGACGCAAGUCAUUUUCAGAUGUUUACAGAUUGCCUGUAUGCAUUUUUCUCCCAGAGCCCCAAGCACACCCGUGAGCUUGAAAUCGUCGCCUCCAAUUUGGGCAUGCAUGCUCACAGAAUAGGCAGGGUGUUUGAUGUGCGCUGGCUGUCUUCAUCAUGCACGUCAGUGACAGCUCUCUGGGAGAGUUAUCCAGCUUUGGUGCGUCUCUUUUCUGCGCUGGCUGUGGACACCUCAAGAUCCACCACAGAAAGGGCGAAGUGUCAGGGAAUUCAUUCCCAGAUGACUCAGUGGAUCUUUCUGAUGGAACUAGUGCUGGUGAAAGAUGCCCUGGAAACUCUGAAAGCCCUGUCUCUGUUCCUGCAGAGGAGAGAUGCCACUGCCAUCCAGGCCAAUGCAGAGGUGGACAUCGCAGUGAGGGCCCUGUGCUCCAUGAAGCUCGCUGAUGGCGCCAACACCAAAAGCCUGAGACAGGAACUCGACACGCACUCAUUCAAGGGGGUGAAUAUCUGCCAGCCGAGCGACCGAGAGCAGCAGAGGGCAAGUGCGUUCCGUGACCGCUUCUUCACCUCGCUGGCAGAUAACGUGGAGCGCAGGCUGGACGACAACGGUGUGCUUGCUGUGUGUGCUGUGCUGUGCCCCUUAAGCUGGCCGAAGGAUGAAGGCGAGCGCAUUCUGUUUGGGGAAGACAAACUUGUCAGUAUUCAAAAAACCCUGGCAGCUGAGGUCUCUGACACCGCUCUGAUGCUGAAAGAAUUUCGACAGUACAAGUUCAACGGAGUCCAAGGAGAAAAUCUCCUCAACUUGCUUUCUGUCGUCUCCACGCUUCCCGUGUCAACAGCAGAGUGUGAACGAGCACACAUGUAA